AUGGAAAUGUAUGAGGAGAUGUGCUGCAAGGUAAGGCUGGAGAUUAAGAGACGGAAGAACAUUGGGCUGGAGUUUGAAGCGAUUCUGGACAAGCAGCAACAACUGCUCCAAGCUGACUGGAGCUGUCGGGAGGAACAUCACACCACCUUCAACGUAGCCCUGAGAGAAGUGGUCCGAUUAUUGGAGGAACCUCUUGACCAUGAGGAAGAAACAACAAUGGAAAACAGCCUUGUCAAUCAGCGAGAUUCUGAACAAGUUGAAGCUUUGUUACUACAAAUGUCGGAUGCCAUCACAAAUGAGUGCCAGCGACUGAGUGUCUGGUCUGUGCUGGGGAAAGGGACGGGAGCCCAACUCGUGGAAAGGGAGACUUUAACAGUUCUCUCCAAAGAGGAGUUAAUCGGAGCUGAUGGAGCCAUUAGAGACCCCAAUCUCCUCCAGGUGGAUCAGCUGACAGGCUUGCUCACUCCGAGUCCCAAUGCUGUUAUGCUUUUAGCCAAUAAAUACACCAUGCCUGUGCCCAGCAGCUUCUUCCUCCACCCUCAGACUGGACGAGUGCUCCCCAUGGCUGGCAACGUGUGUUACGACACCAUCAGGUGCGGUUUGCCAAAGUGA